AUUGAACUGAGGGUCAAAUUCAAUUAUGUCCGAAACAUAAGAUAACCAAAUCUAUGGCUGAGAACAACGAAACAUAUCUUCACAAUGAUUGUGUUUCUGAAAUCAAGAAAAUAUUUUCAGAUGUCCACUUGUCAGAGUUGGAUGACGAUGCACUAGUCAAUAAUUUGUUGGAACGAUCUGUUUCCGUCUUACAAGUGAUCGACCAUGCCAUGUCCCAUUUUGUUGCUGUAAAUUUUAUCGGCGGAUCGGUUGACGAGUCUUAUGAGCUUGAUGGAUGUUGCCAGUUGGCAUUGGAAGAUCUGUGCUGUGAAGGCGAAUAUCCUUUCAAACUUACUAAGUCACUUACUUUGCUUUGGUUGUGUAAGCGGUUAUGCAGGACAAUGUGCACGGUUUCUCAAACUCUUUCAUUCCUGUAUCAUUUGAAUUAUUUAAAAUGCAUUUAUUUACAUCAAUACCUGAUUGGUGAUGAAAGGUCACCCAAACUAAAAAGUGAAUUCCAAGAUAUUAUCAACGUGUGUGAGGAAUGCCUUGAUUCUACCCACACUACUGAGGACGUAAUUCAAUACUUGAUGUUAUCAUCAUAUCUGAGUGCUUUUUAUUAUGAAUAUGAGGCUUCGAAAACAUUCGCUUCAAGAUGUGCUCAGUAUUUAAAUAUUGACGUAAAAUUUUGUGGUGUCUUAGGUAAAUGUACCAGAUUCCAGGAAAAGGAGGUAGCAAAUCUCACAGUUAAAGUUAACAGAGUAGUUGAAAGUAAAGACAACAAAACUUCAGGUAACUUUCCAUUGCCGCAGAUAAUUCCUCUUAGUGACGAUGUACUUCUCAACAGUGUAAUAUUUAGUACAAUAGAGGAACAAAGUAUUCUCUCUAAUACUGAACAGUCUUUCAUUUUAUUAUUGUGUGAACUUCAUCGUCGUCACUAUCCACGAGAUGAUUUAACAGAACAGCAGUGUUUAGCUUACAUCAAUACAGUUAUCCGGGCUGUUUACCCGGAUUCUGAAAAUGAAAUCAAAAGUAGUUCUUCUUGGUCUAUUGCCACAGAAGCGUUGUUUAGAAGAAGUUUACUGGAACAUAAUUCUGUUAGAAAAACUGAACGUGCAUUAUCUCAGUUAGAGGAGUUAAGCUGUCAGUUUAAAAGAACUAGCCCAUCGUUUUCUGAGAGAUCUCCCAGUAGCUUCUUUCUUUCCAGAAUGCCGUCUAUUUGGACUCUCCAAGUUGAGCAAGGUCGACUACUUAUGAAAAUAGGAUGUUACAAAAGUGCUCUGGACAUUUUUCUGUUAUGGGACAAGUGGUCUGAAAUAAUCGAAUGCUAUAUCCACCUAAAUAAGAGGGAAAAAGCAGAAGAAGUGAUUCGUUCUCGUCUAAAUUCCGGAGAUGAAUCUGCUGAGUUAUAUUGUUCUCUUGGUGAUGUGACAAAUGAUCGCCAACAUUAUUUAAAGGCUUGGGAAGUAUCCGGUUGUAAGUCGGCUCGAGCAAUGCGCAGCCUAGCUGUUACGUAUAUGUACACAGAUAAAGACUAUCAAAAGGCGAUUGAAUGUUUUCAAAAAUCACUAGAAAUUAACACUAUGCAAGUUAAUGUAUGGUUUACGUUUGGAUGUUGUUGUCUUCAAGCCAAGGAUUUUGUAAAAGCUGAAAAUGCUUUUCGUUCAUGUGUUCGUUUAGAUCCAGAUAAUUUUGAAGCCUGGAAUAAUUGUGCGACUGCUGUCCUGAUUCAAGGAAAAAAGAAUAUAGCAUUAAAACUAAUGAAAGAAGCUUGUAAAUAUAGUUACGAAAACUGGCGCAUUUGGGAAAAUAUUCUGUUGAUUAGUGCUGAUGUAAAAGCAUUUCAUGAAACUAUGCAUGCCUAUCAUCGCCUAUUAGAUUUACAAGGAAAGUAUGCGAAUCCACAAGUUCUCAGUGUUAUGGUUAAAGGUGUUGUUUUAAAUGAAAUGGAUUCUACAGGAAACCCUGUAAGUAAUUUACGUGCCAGGCUGCUUGAAUUGUUUGGUCGAGUUACAGCAUCUACUCCUAACGAUGCUGUUAUAUGGAAUGAAUAUGCACAUCUUCUGGUUGAUGAACUUCCUCAAAUGACUUAUACUACAUAUCAACGUGCUGUCCACUGUCUUCAAGCAGCUCAUCGUUGUCGUAUACAACCGAGUGAAGGACCAUGGGAACAAUCAACAAAGAAAUGUGAAGCUAUUAUUGAUGGUUUAAAAGCUUUACUUGAUUUAUUAAAUAAUCCUCCGAAAUCGAAAAAUGAUAAUGAAUCUAACGAAGAAGAUCAACUUAAUACCUUCAUUCAAUCAACCUUGGCCACUCUUCGAAUAAGCUUAAAAUCUGUAAUUUCUAAAUUGAAGGUAAGCUUUUUUUCCAGCCUAUAUUACAUAAUGCAGUCUAUAGUAUUGACUUAUUGCCUACCGGUGUUUUAUAAAUUGCGAAUUAAUUUUAUUCAUACAGCUUUAAUAUGUAUAUGUACAUAAUAAGUAUUUACUUCUUUCCAUAAUAUUCCACGAGUUUUAAAGCAUUCACUUUCAUGAACUCCUAGUUCAUCUGCGUUUUGCUCUUAGUCAUACUUUAUUCCAUUCAUUCUGUGUUACUUCAAUUAGAAUUUUUAAAAAUACCUCCGGACCUCAUUAACAGUAAAGCUUUUAGAAUACUAACAUUUGUUUGUGGUUAUUUCGUUACAUUUCUAUUUCUGCUAAUGUCAAUUUUAAUUGUGGUUUGUAAAUUCAUCCCUAUAAAUUGAAUCUUUACAGUUUAUUGCUUUCAUGAUUUCUAGAUUGCUGAAGAAUCUAUUCUUUCCAUCGAUGUUCAAGAUAUGAUUCGUUCCUCACUUAAAGAUUUAAAUGAAUUAUUAAUUGAUGUUGAAAAAAAAUUAAACUAAACUCUUACAUUGUAUAUGCUUUUUUAUCGACUAUCGUAAUAUGAAUAAAAGUUUGAAUU